AUGCCAAAAUUUACUGGUGAUGAACUUGAAAUUAUGAUUGAUCCAGACUUAGAAGGUGAACAACAAAUUAAAUUAGAUGAAGAAGAGGUUGAUGAUACAAUUCCAAAUGAGACUUGUGUUAUGAUUAAUUCUGAAAAAAAUUUUGAUGGAUGGUGGAAUAUUGACCAAUUAAUAGAUCA